GAGCCACUCCUCCUGGAGAACAGACGCUCAUAUACUUGCAGAUGCAAACCACUCUUUCCUUGUCAUCCUGCGAAUAAAGUUUCCACCGAGGUUGGGUAUCUGAUGUUUUCUUAGGUUGCUCACAGUUUGUUUCUGGUGUUACGGGGAGGUUGGGAUGGGAGUUAAAAGUUAUGCUAGAUCGACCCCUCCAUUUACCCGUAACCGUGUACAUCGCCUUAUUAGAGUUGAUGGUUAUUAUGCCAGUACUAUCCAAAAAUGUUACAACCUUACAAUACCACGUUAGGUAACCUAUUUUACAAAUGUUGGCUAUUCCACGAUGCUAUGGCCUUUGCCUUUAUUUAUCAUUCCUCCAUUAAUGUUCGUAUGCUUGCUUGCUAUAAAUCAAUCUAAGUGUCCCAAACCUAGAAUAUAUAGAUGAGCGUAUUCCUGUGGUUUUGUUACUGCCCAGCAAUUAGUGUUCUACGCAAUUAAAAAUAAACUAUUUACAGCAAACAACAACAAUAGCAACAUUCAAGUUUAUUUACCAUGGAACGUGCAAAGAAUGCUUGAGUGCAAAGUACAACAACGCAACUCCACGCUAUGUACAUCAUGGACUCAAGGAGGAUUAAAUUAUCCCUCGAUUUGGCACGCCUCAACAAACACACUUAAAAAACACUCGCUUUCAUCUUAAUCACGGCGGUUACAACCAACAACCGAUACACCCACAAUGCUCCUCGGUCGGUUCGGUAUCAUACACCACCGUCGUAACUCAACGCUCUGUCACCCAUGCGAUGGUAAUCAACGCUGAACUAAAUGAACUCACGACUGUGACUGUGACAGCAGCAAAACAUCGACUAGCAUAUCAACUACAUACGAGUAUAUACUAAAAAAAUAUAUAAAACAAUCUUAUCUCUGGACCGAGCGAGCCGACUACUCGGCUAAAGGUUCAAUUAAAUCAAAAUAAUUCUGCAGCACCGCAACCUAUCUCAGCAGUUGACUCGAGACUUCGGGUUUGUACUGAGGUGUGGAGUUCUGUAACGGCUCUCUGUCUCUCUUUCUUACUCGUUCGGAAAUGGAGUACCUCAACGUUUCCAAAAGUGAUAGUUUUCUGCAGCAGAAAUGGGACGCCUUCCUGGAUGUGGUCGGUGACGAUCCGGAACUGCUCUACGUGUGGUACCAGUCGCUGUACGUCUACGCGUUUUACUGGCUAAUCGGAUCACUUUACAUAAUGAUGGACAUCAGCGGGCGCCCUCGGUUCCUACGCAAGUACAAAACCCAGCCGGGAAUGAAUGAACCUCUCCGGUGGAGCGAUCUGAAGAAGAUCAUUAAAACCGCUUUUGUCAACCAGUUCUUGAUUGGCCUGCCACUCUCCUACGUCCUCUUCCACAUGUUCGCCCAAAACGAAUACCCGAACGUGCGGAUCCUUCCCUCCCCGUUCGAAGUCCUACGUGACUUCGUCAUUAGUGUCAUCCUGUGGGAGGUUGGCUUCUACUAUAGCCAUCGGGCGCUGCACCAUCGGUUCCUAUAUCGGAUCGUUCACAAGCGUCAUCACGAGUUCACCGCCCCGGUUGCGUGGGCCGCCCUGUACGCCCAUCCGAUCGAGCACAUUACCAGCAAUAUGAUCCCACCGCUACUGGGCAUCGGCCUCAUGAAGAGUCACUUUGUAACGACGCUGGUUUGGUUCACGUACGUGAUGCACGACACCCUGGCGACCCACUCCGGGUACCAUUUGCCGGUGCUGGGCAGCAGCGAGCGGCACGAUUAUCACCACUUGAAGUUCACCCAAUGCUACGGCGGUUGGGGUCUGCUCGAUUGGCUCCACGGUACCGAUGAUCAGUAUCGCAAAUCCAAAAACUAUCAGCGUGAUCGGCGGCUUUGGAGCGGCAAAUCUGCGCGGGAACUCGUCCCCGACGACAAAUAGGCAAUAGGCAUACCUACAAUGAAUGGAAUGCAGCGAGGAGAGUGAAAGGAGUUUUAGCCUUAGCGUUGCUGGACGAGUCGACGAUGGCGACGACGAAAGUGGGACGCGACCUAUAGGGCCGCAAAGUCAUAGAUUUAAUAUGGACCAGCAGCGCGCGCCUUCCAUCCUACGUAAUAAAUACGGGUAUUAGUGCCAUUGAGCUAGUAACAUUUAUCUUUUGCUGUAGAACAAUAAAGAUCAUUCGGGUCGCAACCCGUUAAGUUCAAGUACA